CCGGUGACCGCGCCGGUACCGGGAGGCUGUGCGGGCUGUGCGGGCUGCUGCGGGCCAUGCUGUCCCUGCUGUCCCUGCUGAAGGCGCUGCUCUGCUGGCUCUGGAGCCGCUGCGGGUCCAACAUCAGAACCGGGACUCGAACUUGUGACAGCGGGAGCCCGGAGCAGGAGGACCGGGUCCGGAGCCACCACCGGCGGGCCUUUGAGUUCAUCUCUGCGGCGCUGAGGGUCGACGAGGCCGAGCGAGGUGACAAGCAUCAGGCGGUCAGCUGGUACCAGCGAGGGAUCAACGAGCUGGAGGAAGGAGUCGCUGUGCAGGUGACGGGCAGAGGAGAGAAACAUGAACGAGACCGGCGGCUGCAGAACAAGAUGAAGACCAACCUGAUGAUGACCAGAGAGCGGCUGCACUCCCUCCUCGAGGUGAUUUCAGGCUCCAGAGCUCAGACUGACUCGUACCAACCCAUGGACUCAGCGAAUCUUCAUCGUCCAUCUAACCUGAACACCAGCUCACACCGACACACACACACACACAGCAACCUGAAGGGUCGACCCGCUCGUCAUGGCGGUAAACUCGGCUCCCCGUCGUCGACACAACGAGAGAAGAAAGAGACGAAGAACGUCGAUAAGAAGCUGGCCGGCCUCAUCCUCAACGAGAUCGUCGACAGUGGCUCGUCAGUUCGGUUUGAAGACGUUGCCGGUCAGGAUUUAGCGAAGCAGGCGCUGCAGGAGAUCGUCAUCCUGCCGGCGCUGCGGCCGGAGCUGUUUACAGGCCUGCGCGCUCCAGCCAGAGGACUUCUUCUGUUCGGUCCUCCCGGUAACGGCAAGACGAUGCUGGCGAAAGCCGUCGCAGCCGAGUCCAACUCCACCUUCUUCAACAUCAGCGCCGCCAGCUUAACUUCCAAAUACGUGGGAGAAGGAGAGAAGCUGGUCCGAGCUCUGUUCUCUGUCGCCAGAGAGCUGCAGCCCUCCAUCAUCUUCAUCGAUGAGGUGGACAGUCUGCUGUGUGAACGCCGGGAGGGCGAACAUGACGCCAGCCGUCGCCUCAAGACUGAAUUCCUGAUCGAGUUUGACGGGGUGCAGUCAGGAGGUGAUGAUCGGGUUUUGGUGAUGGGAGCCACCAACAGACCUCAGGAGCUGGACGAAGCUGUUCUCAGACGUUUCUCUAAGCGUGUGUACGUGGCGCUGCCGGUGGAACAGACUCGCUUCAAGCUGCUGAAGAACCUUUUGGGGAAACACGGAAACCCGCUGAGCCACAGAGAGCUGAGCCAGCUGGCCAGAAUGACGGACGGCUACUCUGGCAGCGACCUCACCUCAUUGGCUAAAGACGCUUCCUUGGGACCAAUCAGAGAGUUGUGUCCGGACCAGGUGAGGAACAUGGAGGCCAGCGAGGUUCGAAACAUUUGCUUGAGCGACUUCGUUGAGUCUCUGAAGAAGAUCAAGAGGAGCGUCUGUCCGCAGACUCUGGAGCUUUACAGCCGCUGGAACAGAAACUACGGAGACACCACAGCUCUGUGAACUAAAAGACUUCCUCC